AUGUGUCCUGUUCAGUGUGGUUGUGGAUUUGUGGUUUUGACCGCUUUGAUCUGUUUGUUGGUGAGUGGUGCCGACUCCCAGGAGCGAGCGUACAGAACCGCUGGCGGCUCGUUACUGUGUCCACUCGUGGAGGAUUUUUACAGCUAUAAGAGAAGUACUUCUUAUGGUCCUUCAAGAUGGGGAGAGAUUUCCGAAUGCUGCCAAGGACAGAGGCAAUCGCCAAGAGACCUGGCCAGCUCUUCCGGGUCACUGUGUGGUGGAGGUCAACAUCAUAUGUUCAGUUAUAACAGUUCAAGGGCGUUACCUGGCAAACUCUACAACAAUGGUCAUGACCCCACCAUCUCCUUCCACGGGUCCAACACAGCCUACCUCUUCAAUGCCCCUCACACCAAUGGAGCUUACAUUCUGGACAACAUUCAUAUACACUUCUGCACCAACGCUAAAGGCUCAGAACAUGCUAUAGAUGGACAGUUCUACCAGGGUGAGAUCCAUCUCGUCCACUACAAAGCAAGUUAUGGAACCCUGGCCAAAGCUGUUCAACAGGAGGAUGGUUUGGUUGUCGUCGGUAUCAUGUUGCAGUCUAGGGCUGGUUACGCCGGCGAUAUGAAUCAAGAGCUUGUGAAGAUUAUCCAAAGAAUGGGCAACCUUGAAGGCACGGGCAAAGAAUACCAGCUUCCAGUUCAAUUGAAUGUUGCACGAAUCUUUCCAAAAUCGACCAACUUUUAUACAUAUGAGGGGUCAAUGACAUCGCCACCAUGUUCUGAGUCAGUUCGCUGGAUUAUAUUCCGAGAACCAGUCAACGUGUCCAGUGCUGAGAUGGACAUACUGCGGCGUUUGCCCAAUGAAGACCGAAGCUCUACUGUCCAGUCGUGCAACGACAGACCGCUACAAACUGGCCAUACACGGGUGGAAACCAACUUUGCUUGCUCGUCGGUCACAAACAUGGCUGCAGAAGAAAUCUAA